UAGGUGACCUUCGCUUUACGGCGGCUGAAUCCUACGCUCUUUCCGAGGAAAAAGGCGUCUAUAAAGCGACCCGAAUUGCCCUCACCAAAGAUGGCGGCGCAGGGGGGCUCGGCCAGCGGUCACGUGCGCCCUCCCUGCUGUGUUGUCCUCACGUGACUCCUCCAGGUGCUGCUGCUGUUGCUGGCUGCUGCUGCUAUGUGAGGCUGCACAGAGCUGAGAGAGAAGCAGGAGGUGUGGGAAGCUCCCUGCUGGGGACCUGGAGACUACAACCAAGUGCUCUGCAUGGCUGUAGGGCUGGAUCCAUCCACUGCAUCUGCAUGAGGACAUGUCCAGAGCUCUGGGACAAGGUUGUGUUGCAGAUUCUAAGCUGAUGUAACAGCAUUGGAGAAUCCAUUGGCUCGUCGGAUGGGCAGCGUCCCAGCGGCUCGUUAUUCCCAGAACUCUGCUUUGGAAUAUAACGUAUAUUGAUGCGACUGGUACUUUCGGAUGCAUUUUUCUGUUGCACGUUACCGACCGUCAGUGCAGAGGGUACAAUGUAGGAUCUUGGCACAGCUGAGCUUGCGGAUGAGUAGGGUAUCAUCUUCUUAGAGCCUUCUGCAGCGUCCUCCAGUUGCCAAAUAAUGGAAGACCUGAAAUCCCCAAAUAACCUUCCCGCCAUUGCACUCUGGUUGCAAACGUUUUGAGAGCCCUGUCUGGUUGGCCAUCCUUUGAGCUUCCACCAACCCAUUACUGGUUGGCAUUGCAAGGUUUCCCGGGGAGAUGCUGAAGGAGGAGUGUAAGGCGCUGCUGGCCGCUUUGAAUAAGGUGACGGCGUGUUACAGGCAUCUGGUGCUCACGAUAGGUGGAACGUCCGACUCGCAGAACCUACGUGAGGAGCUGAAGAAGACCAGGCAGAAAGCUCAGGAGCUGGCAGUGGCCAAUAGGAACAAGCUCACCAGCACGCUCAAGGACACCACCCUAAGCAAAGAGGACAAAGCGGAGUUUGAGAGGCUAUGGGUUAUCUUCUCCACCUGCAUGGACAUCUUGGAGAUCGACAUGAGGCGAGCUUUGGAACUCGGGCAUGAGUUCCCGCUAAACAUCCCCAAGAAGCACAUCAUACAGAGCGGCAUGAAUGGGGGCACCUCCGGGGUGGCUGCUCGGGCCAUGAGCAUCCAGAACAUGAAAUACGACGCCGAGCACAACAUUGACGUCUUGGACCUCAAGGAUCUGGAGAACGAGAUCAACCAAGUGGAUGAGAUGAUGUACGAGAUGGAAAUGAAAGUCAGCGUCCCCCAGUGGUCUGUGGAAGCCAAGCAGAAUCUGGGGGCUGAACUGAAAUGCGCCGCCAGCGCCGGAGCUUCCUCGCCUGGCACUGUAUCCACAGAGGAACGCAAGGCCUUCUGCGACCUGAGCAAACUCUUAGCCGGGUCGGUCUUUAGCGUGGUCCUCAUCAUCGCCAUUAUAUUGGCGGUCUGCGUGGUAAAACUGUCUUGAGCGCACUUUUUUUUUUUUUUCGGUGGAGUCGCAGAGUAACACUGUACAUUUUAUUUAUUUAUUUGGUUUUAUUUAUUCUGUUUGCAUUGAGCCAAAUAUCCCAUUCCUUCUGACUCUAGAGCCCGGCAGGAUCUAUAUUUCACGUGGUUUUUGAACCGUUGAGCAUGGACUCCGUGUUCUCUGUCUAUCUAUCGUUCAUUCCAUCUGCCAACUGCCCUGCGAGCUGCUAGUGACUCCUCGUUACCUACAGACAUUAACCUCCUUUUAUUGGGUCACUUUGUUCUGUCUGCACCGGUUUCUCCUGCACCGCUAGAGUAGAUAUGGUUAAAAAAAAGGAACCAAAAAAAUUCCGAUGUCAGCUUAGUUCAUUCUAAUCAUGCAUGAAAAGGAUUUAGGCUUGGAAGACUGAUGUAUCAUACAAAAUCAAUGCCAUCUUUCCCUUUGCACUAAACCACUAAAUCCUUAAUGCAUCUGUGUUAACUCAUUCAUUGCAAUGCAUACAUCGUCUUUCUCUGGCAGCUGAAGGGUUUAUAGGGAGGGGAGCACCGAUUACAAUAAGCCUCCGUCUGCUAUUUGUGUAUUAUGCUUCGCCGUUCCUUGCUGUGACUGAAGGUGGCAAGGUGCCCCCCCCCCCAUGCACUGUGUGUCAUAUAGAUCUUUAUACUUGAUGUGGUUGUCUAUAGCAACCUUGGAUCUGACAGCCGUCCUCAUAAUCUAUGCAUGGCACCCGUGUUAUUAACGGUAGAGCGAUGAUGGAGGGGCCUGUUGUGUAACCGAGGCACGGCCAUUGAGAGGCACGGUGCACGGACACAAAUCCCUGUGCCGUUCCAACCCUCUAGCAAUACAAUGGGCAUAUAUAUAUAUAUAUAUAUAUAUAUAUAUAUAUAUAUAUAUAUAUAUAUAUAUAUAUAUAUAUAGUCUCAAAGUCACAAGUUUGGCUCCUUCAUAUAGUAAUUAUGUAGCAAGUUUAUGUACAUAAAAAAAUUGUUGCAAUUUUUUUUCUCAACCUUUUUGGAUUUUGUAUAUUUUAUUUUGACAUUAAUGACCGUCAGGUUGUUGGGUAGCUGUGUGACUCCUCGGUUGCUGCUGAUGUGAUUGGCUGCAAGUUUUUGGCCCGUCUAAUGCUUCCGUGUACAGUAUUUAGUCAUUACUGAAUAUGGUAUGCUGCUACUGUAUUACAUCGGUCAUCCACAUCAACGCCUCUCCUCUCCAGUCCUCCGGUAACCCCAACAGGUCAUGUUUUCAGGCUUUCUGUCUAUGCAAACAAAUGGGACAAUUACUGACCCAGAAAAAUACAUCAACUCACUUGUGUAUGAUUCAAGAAAAUACAGAAAACAUGACCUGUUGAGUGUACUUUGAGAACUUGCGUUGAAAACCACUGAUCUACAUGAACCGGAGGCAGUAAGCAAUAUCUAUAGGAAGGCGUCUACCCGUUACUGAACCAGUGAGAUCACAGUCGGAUUUGUGUCUCGGAAUUCUCACCAGUUGCUGGUGAAUGGUUGGGUUUCAGGUUUCAGAAUAUUGGUUUGGCAAAUUGGCGCCCUUCUGUGUUACAGUUCCCACCUGGCCUUUCUCCAGUCCAUAUAUUGCUAUGUGGCUGCCUCUUCCCCAGAAAAUACAGCGCUCAGAAGGGCCUGGAAUCCUCUUUAUGUCGGAGGGCCCUGCCAUAAUGAGGACCAAUAAUUGGCCACGCUGCAUGACCUUUAUAUAAAGUGUUCCCUUUUGUAUUCCUAGCACAUAAUAAGAUGUAUUUUGUGAUAAAUAUGCCACAAGUAGCAAAUAUAUAUAUAUAAAAUAUAUGAAAGUGCCGGUUUAUAUCUACUGUCAGAUAGGUGGUGUUAAUACGUAAGGAGGAAGGAUAGUGGUCUAGGUGUACUCAAGGUAUAUGUAUUGUGCUGGUUGGGUAUAUAGUGGUCUUAAAUUCUAGUAUUCUAAGUUGGAAGGCUGGAAUAGUCCGUAACCGUAAGAGUGCGUUCUUGCUGUUAUCACCAGGCUUCCCCGUGCCAACGUGAAGAAGAUCAUUGACUCAGCGCAAACUGCAAACGUUCUUAAUAUUUUCCAAAUAAUUGUAGAGGUCUCACCCAUUCUCUGCUUGUCACGUUUCUAUUAUCGCUAAACCCUUUUCCCCAGGGUUUUUGCCAUGAGAUUGACAGCAGGGCAAGUUACCAAAAUUGUUGACCAAUAUUUGCAAUCUAUUUUUCCCUCCCCUGGUGAUAUUUGUAAUUUUACAAACCGUCCGCUUGGGAAAAUGCUGCACAAGGCCGCUUUGCUGUCGUGCCGGUUCCUGUGAGUUUCUCGGGGUCUGUCUUGCCAAGACCCGUUAGGGGGAGAAGUUGCCCGUCCAAGCCUUCACGUGCAGUCCCCAGAUCGUUCCUGCUCUGUCGUAUUUGUUUGUUAUAGCUGGUAAAACUUGUUUGAAAGGCCUGUUGAAAUCUUACUACAUUUUGGAGUCUCUUUCCUUGAUUAAAUAUAUUAACUUAACUUGCUAAUGAGAUUAACGAUAAUGGAGGUCAUUCCGAGUUGAUCGCAUGCUAGCUAUUUUUUGCAGCGCUGCGAUCAGGUCAAAACUCGGCAAAACUGCAUAUGCACUGCAAUGCGCAGGCGCGUUGUACGGGUACAAAGCGGAUCGGUGCUGGGCGAUGGAUUUAACGAAGAAUCCAUUCGCACAGCCGAUCGCAAGAAGAUUGACAGGAAGAAGGCGUUUAUGGGUGUCAUCUGACCAUUUUCAGGGAGUGGUUGGGAAAACGCAGGCGUGUCCAGGCGUUUGCAGGGCGGGUGUCUGACGCCAAUUCCGGGACCGGACAGGCUGAAGUGAUCGCAGCGGCUGAGUAAGUUCAGACCUACUCAGAAACUGCACAAACUUUUUUUGUACCGCUCGGCUGCACAGGCGUUCGCACACUUGCAAGCGAAAAUACACUCCCCCAUAGGCGGCGACUAUCUGAUCGCUGCGCUGCAAAAAAUAGCGAGCGAUCAACUCGGAAUGACCCCCAAUGUCCGUCCCUGUUGAAGGUUAGAGGGCCGCCCAAUGUGUCUCCCAAAGUAUACCCGUUUUCCUGUCACUGCUUUAGAAGGUUUCAGACAUCUCAUUCCAAGGGGAGAUGUAUCAAAGCUUGGAGAUGAAGUAUCGCCAAUCAUAUUCUGUAUUUGUACAGAUAAUUGGGUCUAUUCAUGAAGCAGUGAAAAGUGUGGAGAAUUGAGCCAGUGGAGAAGUUGCCCGUGGCAACCAAUCAGUGUUGAGGUAACAUAAAGUGCAUUCUGUAAAAUUAUAGGUAGCAGCUGAUUGGUUGCCAUGGGCAACUUCUCCACAGGCUCACUUCUCCACUCUUUUCACUGCUUCAUACAUAGACUCCCCUCCCCCCCAAGUGAGCGUGUCCCACUCCUGCGGCUCAGUCUGAGAUGGUUGAGGGGAUAAGAUCCUCGUUGAGUUUGGAUGAUAUUCGGGUGGAGGAGAGAGAUAAAGUGGAGACGUUGCACAUAGCAGCCAAACAAAAUGACAGAAGCUGAUUGGUUGUUUUUCCACUUUACCUCUCUCCAAGGCUUGAUCUAUCUCCCCCUGGAUAAAUUCCAGCUGUUCAACUCUUUGGAUAAAUGAAUUAUUUUAGUAACUACGACUCUGAGGGGUCAUUCUGACCCGUUCGCUCGCUGCUUUUUGUCGCAGCCGAGCGAACGGGUCCCUACUGCGCAUGCACCGGCGCCGUAGUGCGCCGGCGCUCCGUAGCAGAGCUGCGAUCGCCUCUGCCUGAUUGACAGGCAGAGGCAAUCGCUGGGCGGGAGGGGGCGGAACGGCGGCAUGUGGCCGCCGUUUCGUGGGAACGGUCCAGUCAACGCAGGCGUGGCCGGACCAAACGGGGGGCGGGCCGCAGCAGCUGCGUGACGUCACACGCAGCCGCUGCGGGCCGGGGAGCGACGAGUAGCUCCCGGCCAGCACGCUAAAGCUGCGCUUGUCGGGAGCUACUCUAGAAGUGCAAAGGCAUCGCCGCUGUAUGAUGCUUUUACACUUCUGCGGGGGGGGGGGGCGGCACUGACAUGCGGGCCAGGCAAAAUAUAGAAUAUAUAAUCCUCCUUAAUAAAUGCUGCAACAUUUAAAUGCAUCAGGCACGACACACCGGGCUGACGCUUGGUAUAUGCACUUAUGGAUAGAUCGGCCAAACGCCCAGGUGUGUACCCAGCUUAAGCGUUGACAACUUGCUACGUACAGUCCAUUUAUUUAUUAGAAUAAAAUGUAUAUUUUAAUAUAACAAUCCCUUUGAGAACAGUUGGCACCUAUUGAUAAUAACAGAAGACGCGGGGUGUUCCGGUGAGGCUGGCCGGCCGCACGGUUCAUCGUUUUAACCUAGAGACCGAUAGGCAAGGUGAUAUGGGGGAGACCCCGCUGCGAGUUUCAUGCACUUUUCUGGUCUUCCUUAGCUUGUGCCUCUAUGGGACAUAACCAAAAACAAGGUUUCCCUGCCGCAUACAGGGCUCGCGACUAACAGAAUCUGCGCAGAUUACGGAUAAUCACAAUUCUUAACAAACAAUAAAACAAGACUGGGAAGUAACAAACAUACAGAGGUCCGGGACCCCCGCUCGGAAGUUUACAACUUAUAGGAUUUACGGGUGUGGUAUGGAAGGUAGAUAGUAACUAGGUCGACACUGUCUAGGUCGACCACUAUUGGUCGACAGUAACUAGGUCGACAGGGUCUCUAGGUCGACAGAGUCUAGGUCAAAAGGUCGACAUGAGUUUUUAAUGUUUUUUUGGUGUCGUUUUCUUCGUAGAGUGACCGGGAACCCCAAUUAGUGCACCGCGUCCCCUCGCAUGGCUUCGGGCAGCUUACCAUUCCAAUCGUAGUCCACGUGGAUCGUUAAGUAUGAAAAGUUUAAAAAAAAGAAAAGAAAAUCGUGAAAAACUCAUGUCGACCUUUUGACCUGUCGACCAAGAACAUGACGACCUAGAGACCCUGUCGACCUAGUUACUGUCGACCUAGAGACCGGAUCCCAGGAUUUACAGGCGUUAAACAGCAGCAUAUUCUCCUGUAUGUGCUUGUAAAAGGACUGUGAGUGGUUCUCCAUUGACCCGAAUGCGUCCUAAUUGGUUUGGUUGGUAUCGCACGCAGAUUCAUGAGCUCCUCCUCCGCUGUUUUUUUUUUUUUUUUUUUUGCUUUUUGUCUAUUUCACGUCUGGGAGGGGGGAAAAAAAGUUUUGCAAUGAAUAAUGUAAACUGUGCUGCUUAAUUAUUAAAACACAUUCACUCCGAACAGCAUCCUCUCUGUAAGUUAUCGUGGUAGCUUGUCAAAGUGCAAUCCUCGUGCGUUCCGUAAUACGCUGCUCUCCUGCCCUGACGGAGGCUUUAGGCCAUUUUAGUGGCAAAGUCUAAUCUCUCCGUAGCCACUUACGGGUCAUACGGUGGCAUAUCCUCCAACAUUUUACACUCGGAAACCGGUACUAAUUAGGAAAAGGGGUAUGGCCAUGUGUAAAGGGGGCGUUUCCUAUACUUUCAAUGGAGAUGUUCUGUGUCAAAAAUCGGUACAAAGCCCUUUUUGGCCGGUACAGACCAUAAGAAAAAACAUUAAAAAAAACGGUACUGUACCAGCCAAAAAGGUACAGUUGGAGUGUAUGCGAUGGUCCUGCACUCACAAACUCUGCACAUUGAGCCUAAUUCAGAUCUGAUCGCAGCAGCAAAUUUGUUAGCUAAUGGGCAAAACCAUGUGCACUGCAGGUGGGGCAGAUGUAACAUGUGCAGAGAGAGUUAGAUUUGGGUGUGGGUUAUUUUGUUUAUGUGCAGGGUAAAUACUGGUUGCUUUAUUUUUACACUGCAAUUUAGAUUUCAGUUUGAACACACCCCACCCAAAUCUAACUCUCUCUGCACAUGUUACAUCUGCCCCGCCCCCCCCCCUUCCCCUGCAGUGCACAUGGGGGGUCAUUCCGAGUUGUUCGCUCGGUAAAUUUCUUCGCAUCGCAGCGAUUUUCCGCUUAGUGCGCAUGCGCAAUGUUCGCACUGCGACUGCGCCAAGUAAAUUUGCUAUGAAGUUAGGAAUUUUACUCACGGCUUUUUCAUCGUUCAGGCGAACGUAAUGUGAUUGACAGGAAGUGGGUGUUUCUGGGCAGAAACUGGCCGUUUUAUGGGUGUGUGUGAAAAAACGCUACCGUUUCUGGGAAAAACGCGGGAGUGGCUGGAGAAACGGAGGAGUGUCUGGGCGAACGCUGGGUGUGUUUGUGACGUCAAACCAGGAACGACAAGCACAGAACUGAUCGCAGAUGCCGAGUAAGUCUGGAGCUACUCAGAAACUGCUAAGAGAGGUGUAAUCGCAAUAUUGCGAAUACGUCGUUCGCAAUUUUAAGAUGCUAAGAUUCACUCCCAGUAGGCGGCGGCUUAGCGUGAGUAAAUCUGCUAAAAGCAGCUUGCGAGCGAACAACUCGGAAUGAGGGCCAUGGUUUUUGCCCAACUGCUAACAAAUUUGCUGCUGCAAUCAGGUCUGAAUUAGGCCCCUUAUUUGGAGACGUUGCUAAAUGCAGUAUUUGUGUAUUGCAGGAAAAUGCUUUCUGGCCACGUGAGUGACGCUUUGCGUAAAAGAUAUUGCACAAAAGUACCAACGUUUCCCGUAGUAGCAUUGAGUGUCUGCUUAAUUGGAGUCUGUGGGCCACCCAUGAUCUUACAAAGUGCAAAUAACAUAGGUUGAAGGCAUGUGUUUAUUGCAUGCUAAGAUACUACUACAAAGAUACCCAAGAUUUCUUUAUUAUUUAUUUAUUAACAGUGUCUUAUAUAGCGCAGCAUAUUCCGUUGCGCUUUACAAUUAGAACAACAGUAAUAGAACAAAACUGGGUAAAAACAGACAGACAUAGAGGUAGGAAGGCCCUGCUCACAAGCUUACACUCUAUAGGGAAAUAGGCAUUGAUACACAAGGAUAGAUGCUACCUGUCACAUAAUGAUCCACCAGAUUGCUAGGUUCUUAAUGGAUUGUAUGUUAUGAUCAUCCCGCAAUGUUGGCCAAGUGUCAGGAGGGUGUGAGAGUAAAGAAAGACAAGAUAUGUGAUGUUAUGUGGAAUGUACAGAGAGGAUGUAAUUAGAUAGGUAGGCAGUGAAGGUUAUGUGUACUGUACAGAGAGGAUGUAAUUAGAUAGGGAAGCACUGAAGGUAUUUACAUUGACAAAAUGCAUUUUAUUUUCUACAAGUCAGGAAUGUGUCAUUUAAGCUGCUGCGAAACUACAAGUCCCAGCAUGGUUUCACAGCCAACAGCUUCUGGAGUUUUAUAACCAUGGGAGAGCCUCUGACGAAAUUGAGUCCAUGUUCUCUUCUUCAAAUGGUGCUUUUUCUUUUCAGACAACUUUAAUUUAUUGACUUAUAUUGUCACUAAUGUAUUUUAUGUAGCGCCAGUAUAGACUAGGCUGUAGUAAAGCAUUGCUGGGUAAUAAGAAAUAAGUAAGAGGUAUCUGCUUGCAGAUUGCAAUCUAUAUACCCUCCUAUACCUUUCACUGAAUGCCUUUCAUCUGUACUUCCUAACAAGAUCUAUGUAUCAUCUAAGUAGCAAUGAUUAGUUUUGAUAUCCCUUGGACAUGAUGCAUUGCUGCUCUGUAGACACAGUGUUAGCCAAGGCAGAGAGCAGAGCAGUUGUUUCAUGUCCAAGGUUAGCAAUAAUUCUGCCUAGUUUUGUCACCACGUUUUCUGAGCUUAUCACUGUGUUGCAAAGUAUGUUAUUACUUAUUUGUAAAAUCCUCUGAUAGGCCCUAUAACAAAGGGCCAGGAUGGAUAUGAGAAGACGUAAUUGCAGUACAAUAAACGGUAAUCUUGUCUGUCUCUUUUAAUUGCCUUAUCGAGAGUGUGCAAGUAUAUAUCUGUAUAUUUUAUAGUCUUUGGUAAAAAGUUCACCCUUAUACUGUGUCAAUAAUGUGUGCCUGACACUUACUGUACAGGGUCUUGUUUUCAUGGGAGUAACUGUUAAUGAAAACCGCUCUGUCUGUGAUAAUAAAGUUAUUGACAUUACGUCUCUCA